AUGACUUCUAUAAACUGCACCAUAAUGGCAAAUUUGUCCAAUUCAAAUUUCCUUCGCGUCUCACUUGGAAUCAAUUUGAUCAUUUGCAUACUCGGUCUUCCCGUAUUUUUAGUGUAUACUUGGAAGAUAUGGUCAGCAAAGAACUCUUCCUUGUUCCAUGUGAACUUUAAAAUUAUUCUUCAACUUCAUCUUUUUGGAUUUAUACUUCAUGUAACUGGAAGAACUGUUCUCCACGGAUUGGAUUUGUUCAAUUACUUAACAUUAUUGGAUCCAUGUCAAAUGAUACCUAACAUUUACAGAUGUUUUGUAUUCCGUCUCAUGUACAACUCUGGCUUAUGGAUCACAAACUCUACUGCCGUGUCCUUAAUUCUUGAACGAUGGUUAGCUACAAAACGCAGUAUGACGUACGAAAAGGACUCUACGAUAAUUGGAUUAUUGUUGGCGAUUGUUCAUUUUCUAAUUGCUGCCUUGCCACUUUGCUUCUUGUAUUCACAAACUCGUUUUGAUGGAGCCGUAAUGUACUAUUGUGUGACAGCAACGCCCUCUGCUCCAUAUUCUGCUCAAGUUGGAGCAACAGUCAGUAUUUGUUUUCAAGUUGUUGCAAGAAUUGCAUUCGAAUUCUUGUUACGUGAAAACAAAAAGCACAAGGAAUUCGAUGUUCAAUCACCCCUUUCAAAUCGAUAUCAAUUGGAACAAAACAUUAGUUCAAUUACUGCUCUCAAAACGUUUGCCAACAUGUCGGUAACCUACAUUAUUUUUCAAAAUUUGUGUUAUAUAACUCUCAUGUACUAUGGUAUUCAAUUGGAAAGAGCUCAAUAUCUUGCAAUUCUCGAAUUGAAUGGCUCGUGGCCUCUUUACGGUGUCGUCUCCAUAAUGAUUUUUGGCAAAACAAUUAGAAAGAUCCACGGAAAAAUCAAACAAAGUCUUCAUGGGCAUAUUAAGCUUCCUAAUCAUAUGUAUUUAGACGUGUUUAAGAGACAAAUCGCCUGA